GCAAGACUGAUCAUCACCUCCUUCAGAUAUCAGUGAGUUCUCAAGUGUAACAUCAGUGAUGGAGCAGCGUUUGUUUGUUCUCCUGCUUUUUACAGGAGUCAUUCCCCUCAUCCUGUCUAUCCGUCGUAAGUACCAUCUAAUCCAGCAGGGGAAGACAUGGAAUGAUGCUCAGGCUUACUGCCGAGCCACAUAUGUUGACCUGGCUACCAUCGAAACUAAUGAUAACAUGGUCCAAAUUCAGAAUGAAAUACAGACACAAAAAUUCAGUUCCAGUGCUUGGAUUGGACUGUAUACUAACAUCAACAGCUGGCACUGGUCCUUCGGAAACGAGCCUCUGGGAAGUUUUACAUCGUGGGUAAGCCCAGAACCCGAUGACAAGUGUGGAAAUGAACAGUGUGUCAUGAACCAACAAGGGGGAUGGCAUGAUGCACCAUGUGCCUGGUCAAACUUUUUUGUGUGUUUUGAUGAUACAAAGACUGGCACUGACAGCUUCAUUUUAGUCUCUGUGAAAAUGUCAUGGUAUGAUGCUCAGAGCUACUGUAGGCUGCAUUACACAGACCUGGCCAGCAUCAAAAACACAGCAGAAAACUCACUUAUAGGGGGACUGUCUAUGGAUUUUAUUUGGUUUGGCCUUGGCAGAGACCCUUGGAAAUGGUCGGACCAAACCUUAGAUGUGUCCAUGAUUACAUGGUUACCAGCAGACAAUAAUGAUUACUUGCAGAAUAAAAGUUGUGGCUAUUUUUUAAACAAUAAGGCUAACGUAGCGCGAUGCUCAGACAAAAUACCUUUCUACUGUUAUGAAUUCACAAAACAGCAGCAGAUCAUUAGAGUGAAGGUUAAUUCCAGUCAGGAUGUGAAUGAUCCUACAAUAAUGGCGACCUUCAUGGAGAAGAUUCAGCAGAAACAAGGGGGUCAUGGAACUGGGAAUAUCACUGUAAAAUUGAGAGAGCAACCUGAUAGAGUGGUGUUUCACAAAGAUAAACAAACAUAA